AUGGAUGAUUUUGCGGAGGAAGAGACAGAGUUCGUGGUGGAGGAGGUGACGACCCUGGUGAAGGAGUGCGUCGAGAAGAUAGUUGGCCGCGAGACGUUCCAACGCCAGAAGUGCGAGCUGUAUGUCCACCGCAUCGCUGAGGCGUGCAUCUCUGCGCUCGCCCGCCUCAACAAGCCCUUCAAGUACAUAGGUACGUCAUUCCGCAUCACUGGUGAACAGCCGUCACGGAAUCACGACGACUAUGAUGGACAGGGCUGUUUAUGGACUCACAGGUUGUUGUACAACGCCCUGCUCUUGUCGGCAGUGACGGUGGAAGUGGCGCAGAACGACGGAUGUGGCCGCCAUGGAGCGUUCGCCAACUUAUGGGACGCUGGCCGCGACAAGUGCUGCAACGUCAUCUGGAAGAAUGACGUCGUUCUAUGCAUCGUCACUGUUAUUGGCCUUCACAUAUGA